ACUGCGUCCCCUCACCCAGACAUCUGUCAGCAUAGUCCUGCUUAUACCUGAUUCCUUCUGUCUACCUGUUUUUAAGGAAACCCUGUCUUGGAAGCAAGUUCGAAUGCUCUUGAUACUUUUGCCUUCAUUUUAGGGCCAGCAGCAGGUAUUCUUUCUUAUAACACGUUUUUCUUGAAUCUGGGCCUCUCCUUACCCCUGGGAAGAUCAGCUGUUUAAGAUCAGUCUAAGGAGGCUGCAGUCCCAUUGGUGCCAGUAGAGAGGGUUGUGGAUUCCUGAGCCCUCACUAUGUGCCAAGGAGUGUCCUAAGAGCUGUCUUGUGUAAUAGGGUAGUGUGAACUCCAGAGAGUCGUGAACAAAGGCACUGCAUUUCUGAGAGCAAACGGGGAGGUAGGUGUGAAGGAAGGGGAAGUGUAUUUUUUCCUGGGUAGAGCUGUGAAAACGCUUUCCUGCCAGCAGCCCAAACAGAAACCGUCUCUUUUACUUGAUUGAAUGACUGUUGUGCAGUCAGACCAGCAGUAAUAUUUAUUGAUCAGGAUCGUUUAUUAUUUGCUGGAGAGAAUUUGAUGUAAGCAGAUCAGAUGACCUAUUUUUAUGGCCCAUCUGCUGGAAUAUGAAAAUAGUAGUGUUAUUUGGGAGUCCCUUCUUCUUCCUUUCCAUUACUGUAUUACAUCUAUUACUUAGAGUAAUAGGAAGGCUGGAUGCUCAGUUAUAGGGUAUGCCAUCGAGAAGAUACCAGCCCUAAAUGGGAGUUGGACAAUUAUUUUGGUCCCUAUCAAUCUUGAUAUUCUAUCAUUUUAAUUUUACUGGUAGUCUAAACUAUUCUACACUGAUGCAGUGUAGUCCAGUAUUUUAAAACCUUCAGAAAAAGACAAUAAUUAGAAUGCCCUGAGAAUCCAAAUUGUCACCCUCUGACCAGCUGAUUGAGAACUUGAAUCAGUCACCAAUAUGCUCAGUGCCAUGUGUCUGAAACUUGUACUGUGAAAAUCCUAAGUACACACCACACCCCUCUUAAAAUUAGGAUAACAGGACCUGAUAAUUUCAGAGAGCUAGAAGUUUUAAGUCAGGACUUUGGGUGCUCUUGCUGAGGCCCUGGCUUUCUAUUGAAAGCCAGGAGGAGUUUUCUCCUAUCUCUUCAAAGAAAAGGUCCGUGUAUGCUUGGUGAAGUGUCUUUUUUUUUUUUUUUUUACUUUCUUUAGGGAAGACAUACCAGAAAAAAAAGGCUUGAGAACCAGCCACCAGGUAGCAGUUGGGUAUGGGAUGGGACAGUUUGCUUCUGCCAAGGUUCAAAUGGUGACCUGCAAACCAAGAGGACCAUAAACAUAUUUGCAUAUACUUAUAAAUAUGCUUGCAAGUACUCAUGGCAUUUGUCAGCAGAGAUGUUGGCUAAGAAUUGCUGAAAAUGAAUUGUUUGGGAAUCUUGUUCUCCAUGGAGUUCUGUUGUAAGAUAAGAGAUGGAAACAUUCACUGCAAACAUUUUGGCCUUUGUUUAUUUAUUUAUUUAGAGCUCAGACGAUCCUCCUGCCUCAGCCCCCUGAGUAGUGGGACUAUAGGCAUGUACCACUAUGCCCUGCAAGUUUAGAACAUCACACUGAAAAACUUAAGUAAAAAUGUUAUAGAUUUAAAGGAAAAAUCGACACUUUUCUGAUAAAAGAUAAAGAAUGAUAUGCUUAAAUAUUAACCAAACAUCUAAAAACUUAAACUGUUGUUUCUGCAGUGAUACCCAGUGGAGAUAAUAAAAUAUACAGAGAGCUGAGUUUAGCAGAGAACUGAAGCUCUUGGCAGGAGGGUUUAUAUCCCUCAGUUGACCUAUAAAUUAUUCAUUAGAGAAGUAGCAAGCACCCACGCUUUUGCAAAUAGAAGUCUUACUCCAAACUUCACCCUUCUUAAGUUAAAAGAAACCCCACGAGUUGUGCAGUGAAUCACUUUGACUUAUGACUUGUGUUCUGGAAGUGCUGCUAGGUGAUAUCAUAGCUCGCUGCAGUGUCCCUGAGUGGUAGGAGAGCACAGCCACCGUGCGUGAGUGUGUGCACGCACACAAGUGUGGGGGCGUGCCUACGUGUGCUGAGACAUGUGGUUGUCCAGCAACAGUUACAUGACAAAUAGCAGUUUGCAACCCUGAACCACAGAGAGAGUUUGUUUUACUGUUCUGCCUGUUCCAGUUCCUUAACUGAUGGCAGAUGUCCUCAUUAAGGGCUAUUAGCACAUCAGAAUGUGUUUGCUGAGCCCAGAAAAGAGCUAACUCCUUUUGGACAUGGACUGAAAGAUGUUAUCUAGGGUAGCCAACCCGUCCUGUUGGUGACGGCAGUAGGGAGUGAGGAACACAAGAGGGCUUGGUAUCCCCUUAAAACUUUCCCGAGAAGCCUUCAGCAUGAGUUUAUGUUUCAGUCAGGGAAUUCCGUAAGAGGAGAAUGUAGAAUCAUAAAGUGGGAUUUGGCUGUGUGUUGAACUACUGUUAUUGUUACCCUGAAAUAGGUGUUUCUUGAUUUCUCUUGGCUGCUCCAGAAGCAUAUGGCGAACUAGGGGAUGGCUGGUUGAUAGGGACCAUUGAUAGCUCCCAAGAAAGAACUCACCAGAGGAGUGAAUGAAGUGGAGAUUCUGGAGGAAAGAGGUUGGAAGGAGGCCACCGCUGGAAUGGUGGAAGUGCAUCAGGAGAGGAGAGGCAGCAGCAUGGCGAGCGUCCUGUCCCGACGCCUUGGAAAGCGGUCCCUCCUGGGAGCCCGGGUGUUGGGACCCAGUGCCUCAGAGGGGCCCUCGGCCGCCCCACCCUCGGAGCCACUGCUAGAAGGGGCCGCUCCCCAGCCUUUCACCACCUCUGAUGACACCCCCUGCCAGGAGCAGACCAAGGAAGUCCUUAAGGCUCCCAGCACCUUGGGCCUUCAGCAGGUGGCCUUUCAGCCUGGGCAGAAGGUUUAUGUGUGGUACGGGGGUCAAGAGUGCACAGGACUGGUGGAGCAGCACAGCUGGAUGGAGGGUCAGGUGACCGUCUGGCUGCUGGAGCAGAAGCUGCAGGUCUGCUGCAGGGUGGAGGAGGUGUGGCUGGCCGAGCUGCAGGGCCCCUGUCCCCAGGCACCACCCCUGGAGCCCGGAGCCCAGGCCCUGGCCUACAGGCCCGUCUCCAGGAACAUCGAUGUCCCAAAGAGGAAGUCGGACGCAGUGGAAAUGGAUGAGAUGAUGGCGGCCAUGGUGCUGACGUCCCUGUCCUGCAGCCCUGUUGUGCAGAGUCCUCCCGGGACUGAGGCCAACUUCUCUGCUUCCCGUGCGGCCUGCGACCCAUGGAAGGAGAGUGGUGACAUCUCAGACAGCGGCAGCAGCACUACCAGCGGUCACUGGAGUGGGAGCAGUGGUGUCUCCACCCCCUCGCCCCCCCACCCCCAGGCCAGCCCCAAGUAUUUGGGGGAUGCUUUUGGUUCUCCCCAAACUGAUCAUGGCUUUGAGACCGAUCCUGACCCUUUCCUGCUGGAUGAACCAGCUCCACGAAAAAGAAAGAACUCUGUGAAGGUGAUGUACAAGUGCCUGUGGCCAAACUGUGGCAAAGUGCUGCGCUCCAUUGUGGGCAUCAAACGACACGUCAAAGCCCUCCACCUGGGGGACACGGUGGACUCUGAUCAGUUCAAGCGGGAGGAGGAUUUCUACUACACAGAGGUGCAGCUGAAGGAGGAAUCUGCUGCCGCUGCUGCUGCCGCAGGCACCCCAGUCCCUGGGACUCCCACCGCUGAGCCAGCUCCCACCCCCAGCAUGACCGGCCUGCCUCUGUCCGCUCUUCCACCACCUCUGCACAAAGCCCAGUCCUCGGGCCCAGAACAUCCUGGCCCAGAGUCCUCCCUGCCCUCAGGGGCUCUCAGCAAGUCAGCUCCUGGGUCCUUCUGGCACAUUCAGGCAGAUCAUGCAUACCAGGCUCUGCCGUCCUUCCAGAUCCCCGUCUCACCACACAUCUACACCAGUGUCAGCUGGGCUGCUGCCCCCUCCGCCGCCUGCUCCCUCUCUCCGGUCCGGAGCCGGUCGCUAAGCUUCAGCGAGCCCCAGCAGCCAGCACCUGCGGUGAAAUCUCACCUGAUUGUCACUUCUCCACCCCGGGCCCAGAGUGGUGCCAGGAAAGCCCGAGGGGAGGCUAAGAAGUGCCGCAAGGUGUAUGGCAUCGAGCACCGGGACCAGUGGUGCACGGCCUGCCGGUGGAAGAAGGCCUGCCAGCGCUUCCUGGACUGAGCCGUGCUGCAGGUUCUACUCUGUUCCUGGCCCUGCCGGCAGCCGCUGACAAGAGGCCAGUGUGUCACCAGCCCUCAGCAGAAACCGAAAGAGAAAGAAUGGAAACACGGAGUUUGGGCUCUGUUGGCUAAGGUGUAACACUUAAAGCAAUUUUCUCCCAUUGUGGGAACAUUUUAUUUUUUAAAAAAAGAAACAAAAAAUAUUUUUCCCCCUAAAAUAGGAGAGAGCCAAAACUGACCAAGGGUAUUCAGCAGUGAACCAGUGACCAAAGAAUUAAUUACCCUCCGUUUCCCACAUCCCCACUCUCUAGGGGAUUAGCUUGUGUGUGUCAAAAGAAGGAACAGCUCGUUCUGCUUCCUGCUGAGUCGGUGAAUUCUUUGCUUUCUCAACUCUUCCAGAAAGGACUGUGAGCAAGAUGAAUUUACUUUUCUUUUAAAAAAAAAAAAAAAAAAAAAAAAAGACUUUCUGGCUGAUGGGUGACUCAGAGUGCAGGACUGCCUGGCCGCGGGGCAGAGGGGUUUGCCCUUCUCGGAGGGCACCUCCUGUUCCCUGUCUGAGCAUCCUGCAUGGAAGUCAAAGGAAAUCCCUUUCUUGGUGACGACUUAAAUCUGGGUUCCCUCAGACAUUGGGUUGCACCCCAACAAAUAUUAAAUGGCUUCUUCUUAAAGCCCAGAGAAAGAGGUUUUUUAAAAGACUGUCGCCAAAUAGCUGAGCCAAAAGGCUGAUCAGAAUUCACUUUUUGGAAUGUGGCAGUUAAACACUACCUUGAUCAUUCUCUUCUCUUUCCUCGAGGAACUCCUGGAGGGUUUGAGUGUCUGGAAACUCUCUGCUCUGACCUGAGGAAGCACCCUCCUGACGCCGCCUUCCUCCGGUUAUGGAAAGGACGCCUCAGAAAUGCUUUGUUUUCUUUUAUGAUGUAUUCAGAAGCCUUUACUGAUUAAAGUUUUCUUAUAUUUGGGUGGCCAGGAGAGACCCAGGGAGGUUCUGGAGGUUCCUUUCUGUCUCCUGGCCCCACCAGGGAUUUCCCCAUUUCUGUUUGCUGCCUGAAAGCAGGAUGAGGAAGGCCAAGCAGAGUCCUUGCACCCGUGAGCGUCAGGAUGAGGAAAUGACAGGAGGAAGACGUGGGUUUGGGUUAGUGGCUGCUGGCGUUUUGGCCCUUGGUGUUUCUGGAGCCUCCAGGGAUCUAGGGGAGCCUGGGCUGCGUGCAUGUCGAUAAGCAGAGCUGUUCUUGUGGAGAAGGAGGGAGGGCUAGGGAGUUUAGCACCAUGCCAACCAGCCGUGCGCAAAGACAGAGUGAGCCACGCCCGGAUGGCAGGGCACGUUUCUGUUUUGGUGUCUCGCUUUCCUCCCAGCGUGACUUAUUUGGGGAUUCCUCAGGGCCUGCUGGAAUGUGACCGCCCACUGCCCAGCUGCCUCGGGUACAAGUCCUGGCCCUAUGUCCCAGCUGUCAGGGGCUCAGGGAAUCCUGACCAGCCACCUGUCCUGGGAUGGAGUGUCAGCAUCCACCCCUUGGUUGUCAUCGAGGCUGCCCUCCCAGUCCUGGGUGAAGAUAUUUGGGCCACCAGGGCUCCCUUGGCCCCUUCAUGUAGGAAAUAGACAUGUGCUUUUUAAUGCAGGACACUUUGAGUGUUACAAAAUCUGUAGACCUGGCAGUAGGGGCAUGAUGUUGGGAAGGGUGUAGUACCCUAGUUUGGUGACAGAAGGGACAGACACUUAUGCACAGGUGUCUUUGGUGAUGGGGUAUAUUUUUAUAACUUAGUAAAAAAAAAAAAAAGUGUAUGUGGAAUUCUGUCUCUUGGUAAAGCUCAAAGCCAGGCUAGCCUGAGGUGGCGCAGGGCUCUCCUUCCUGUCCCUUCGACCUCCUUGAGAAUUAAGAGCUGGCAGCUGCUGAUGGUGUUUCCCGACCCCCCUCACUUCCCAAGACGACCCCCAGCUUCAGGUCCUCAUGGGGAGGGGAGGGCGUGUUCUUGACACAUGGGAACUUCGCUCAGGAGGGCCUCCCCUUCCCCUCUCCCUCAGAGUUUUCACUGCCCUCUCGUCUUUAGAAAGCUGUUUGAAUUCCCCCCGCCCCCAGUUUGGACCGUGUAGAUAUAACUGGAUAUAUGGAUUUUUCUUUGUGCAGGCUUCUUAUGCCAUUGGUAUACAGGGCAGGAAAGGAAGGAGGAAUAAAGGGAGGGAGCAGUGUGGAAAGCAUGGUGGUUUUGCUUUGUUCUUAUUAGGUUUUGGUGCCGCCUUCCCUGCCUGCACUUGUGCCCCCUCUCCUUGGCGCUGGCGGCCUCCUUGCCUCCCUUCCACCCGUGCUGCCAUCCCGUGCCUGUAGAGUUGGUUCUUCACACGUGCUCUGUUCUCGGGGUUGUUCCAUUCAUGCCUUCUUGGAGGGUGAGGGUGGCUUGGAAACCGACCCAGUGAUCGCGCCUACUUUCUUCUUUGUAUCUCCCUCCUUCCCAGCCCACCGGGCCGCAGACUCUGAUGGAAGGAAGGUGCCGCAGGUGGGCUUUUAGAAACUAACGGGACUGGUUUUCAAAGCAGUUAUCUUGGGAAACUGUUUAUUCCAGUGAUGUGACUUUUUUCAGAAUAUUUCUUGGAAUCACCUUCAGAGUCUGGGGCUGUGUGUUGAGCAGCCUUAAGGAUGCUAGACACUCAUUUAGUGUCCAGGGAGUCCAGCGAAUGACGUCUGUGGCCAAGCGAGGUCUAGGUGCAAAGCAAAAGGACCCUUUAAAGUAAAAUAGCUUGGAUUCAAUCAUGUGACUUUUAAAUUGGCUCAGAAAGCAAUUUUGUAAUUUCGGAGAGUGUUUUGAGCCACGGCCACGUUGUCGUUGUGAGUCUAUAGCUUGACUCCUUAGAGAACAAUAUUCAUUUGGAUGUGGAGACUCUGAUUUGCUGAGAGGAAUCUGUCCUGUUACUUUCUGGUCAUCCCAGGUUCUGACUUUUACCAGGGGCAAAAAAAAAAAAAAAAAAAAGGGAGAUAAAUCCCAUCUGUGAGUUUGUCUUAUUGGCGCCUUUUUCCUCAGCUGUCUUCCAAGUAUUAUUUUUACUGUUAAAAAAUUUUUUUUAAAAUGUGAAAUGUAAUGUUUUUACAGCAACAAUAUGAAAUAUAUUUUAUAAGGAAUAAAAUGGUACCUUGUCUGA